CUACAUUACCACACUAAAGUCAUGGACUUAAAAGGCCGUAUCUGUUGCAGAGACUGUUCGCUGAUGAACAUAGCGAUUCUGUUGUAGAUAUGUCUAUAGCGUUUCUAAUAAAUAAUAGAACAGAGAUUCUGGAGGAGGAAAAGGCGUUUUCAGCUAUACUACAUUUUAGUUGUUUGCUCACAUUAAGCGCGCAUGGUAAAAUAGUACUAGAAUGCGCCCACGUCACAUCACAACAACCAAUCAGAAUACUUCAUUAAACAAUACAGCCCCAGUUGAUCUCUGACAUUAUCUGAGAGCUAAACUAACACAUUUAUCAGCAUUAAAUAAGAGAGAACCUGUUAACAACUUUCAGACGUACUUUACUGUAUACUGGUAAACGUUCCCCUGUAGGGCUGUCACAGAACUGAUUCUGGUGUCGAGGAUCUCCAUUCAUCCGUUUGAAGGCGGCGGAAGUGUUAUUUAAAGUCACUUGUUGAUUCUACCUGUGAGUUUGAAUAGCCCAUAGAGGUUAGGGACACACGUUGCUAUAAUUGAAUAACACCCAUCAUUAGCAUUUGACUUUUUGACAGAAGUACGUUUUGUUGAGAGUGUGACCCAGGAGCAUACCCGAUGAAGAAACUUCGGAAAAUAUACCAUCUAGUUGUGGUUGCGUGCGUCACUUUUGGCGGCAUAGCCUUUGCGUGUUCCCCGAGCAGAUCUGGUGGCAGCAGCAGACGACAAGACGCUAUGCGUCCAUUAAACUACAGGGAAUAUGUUCCGAGUAUGUCCGAAGUUCAAGUACCUGCAAGUGGAGAACCAGAGGGAAGGAUUUAUCGAGGUGACGCUGCCUUUAAUGAACUUACUACAAAUAUGAAUUCAGACAUUGAGUUCAAAGAUGAAGAGGAGACAGGCGCCGACCAGGUGAUGACGCAGAGAUGUAAUGAUCGAUUAAGUCGAUUAGCAAUAAUGGUGAUGAAACACUGGAAGGAUGAAAACAUUAAACUGCGAGUUGUGGAGGCCUGGGAUGAAGAUAGUCGGCAUCCCGAGAACUCAUUGCACUACGAAGGAAGAGCCGUCGACAUCACCACAAGCGACACGGACCAAAGCAAGUACGGCAUGUUGGCGAGGCUUGCUGUAGAGGCGGGAUUUGAUUGGGUUUAUUACGAAAGCAGAUCAUACAUUCAUGCUUCGGUCAAAUCAGAUUCAAAUCCUGCUUCAAAAGAAGGAGGCUGUUUUCCUGCCGAAUCUGAAGUAACACUAGAGACUGGGGAAACUAAACGUAUGAUUGACUUGAGAGUAGGAGACAGUGUCAAAGCAGUCGACGGAGAUGGUGGUAUUAUAUACAGCGAUGUGAUAAUGAUGAUGGACGCAAAACCUGACCACAAUGCAACAUUUUUGACACUGCACACACCAUCCCAUGCUAUAACGCUUACUGCUGAACACAUUAUUUACGUAUCACAUAGACAAUCAAACUUUUUAGAAUCAAGAGCAACUUUUGCGAGCAGAGUUUUGGAGGGACAAUAUAUUUUUACAGUUGUAAAAAAUGGGGACAAAGAACAUUUGAUUCCAGAAAAAGUUGUGAAAGUUUCAGUUAAUGAAAGGACUGGUGUAUUUGCACCUUUAACCUAUAAAGGGUCAAUCGUUGUUGAUGAUGUAGCAGCAUCGUCUUAUGCAAUCAUCGACAGUGAAUAUAUAGCUCAUGCCUCUUUUACUCCGGUAAGGUGGUUAUACAGCCUUAAAAAGCAACUGUGGGGGCGCUCGUCUUAUUCGGAACACGAUAGUAAUAUUCACUGGUACCCACGUUUCUUAUACAAUUAUGGACAUCAUUUUGUAAGUAGUCAUCUGUAUCCAGGAAUUAGACUUGUUUGAAGGGAAGCUGAGGUGACUGAGCUGACAACUUAACCUAAGAGACAGUAGCACGACGCAGUGUUUGAGACAAAGUUAGCCCAGUAGCUAACUCCUUUGAGUAUAGUUGUAGGCCUAUUGUAGACGAAUUGAAAAACAGCUAUCGCAAGGGUCUUGUAAAAGCUGCAGCUGCAGAUUUGAUGAACAAGUUUUUAUUCCUUUGAAGAUAUUUUGGUAUCAACAUAAAGACAUAUUGCGAUUGAUGGUUGGACCUAGGCCUACAUUUGACAUUGGAAUAGACCAACGUGUUUUGAAUUAAUUUUAUAAAAUCGUUAAUGAAGACAUUGAUACUUUUAUAUUUAAAUCUUACGACUUUGAGAAUUAUUAAAAAACAAUAUAUUUAAAUGCUACGUAUGAAUAUUUUUUUAACACAUUUAUACAUUCUCCGAGCAUUUAAUAUAAAUAAGUACUGUACAUACUUAUAUCUUUCGACAUUUUGUAACACACAAUGUGCAUUUUGAUAUAUAAUAUACUGUACUUAAUCAUGUGCUUUUGAGCUUUACGGUGAAUAUGAAUAUGCUUACAAGCUGAAACAGAUUCAUUUCGCACAAGGCACAGCUAGAUAGGCCUAAGUAUGUAUAAUUAUUGUGACUGGAGACAUUUUACAAGAUGGUGGCUUGUUUGUGAAACAAAAAUUACACCGAGUGUGUGUCUAUCAUUAAAUGAAAAUGACUUUUUUUUAAAUUGAAUUGUAUUUUUAAUAUUUAGACAAGUAGGUGAAUGUUAGAGAAUAUUACUAUUCUCAAAGGGAACAUAUUUUAAAGACGACGGUUUGAGGACGGACGAAAUUUAUUUCUAAAAUUGUUUGUAUUUAAUAAUUGUUGGUUUACUUCCAUGGUAAUGGUAGUGUAAACAUAACGUUGUAAAUCAAUUUCUGCCAUUUUGGCUUGUAGAAAAUAAAUAUCUUAAUAAAUUUGACUUUGCAGAAGAUAAGAUAUAAACUGUAUUUAUUAUGUAUAUACAUUGUACAAAGGAAGCAAAUGUACACACUUUUUAAUUGUUUAUCUCCAGAAGUAGUUAUAAGUUAUUAAGGAAUCUUAAUAAAUAUUUGAAAAUUUAUUUAAAAAAAUGUA